AUGAACUUUAGAUUUUUCCCGCACAUUCGAAUAAAUUUUUUUUAUACUCAUUACGAAAUUUUCCCUCGAGGAAAAAAGAAUGUCAAAAAAGAUUUUUUAGUAGAAGAAAAAAUUAUACCUGUUCCUUGGGGUAUAAUUUCAGUUAAAUGUUGGAAUACUUCGAAUCAUCAUCCGGUUUUAAUUGUUCACGGUUUAUGUGAAAAUUCUGGAGCUUUCGAUAGGCUCAUACCCCUGCUUUCUAAUAAUUUUUAUUAUGUUGCCGUUGAUCUUCCUGGACACGGCAUGUCAUCUCAUUUUCCUCGUGGAAUACCUUUAGACUUUAUGUUUUUUGUUUUUCAAAUACAGCGAAUAGUCAGCCAUUUUCAAUGGAAAAGAUUGACAUUAUUAGGACAUAGUUUUGGAGCUCAUUUAUUAGAAUUUUAUGCUGCCACAUAUACAGACAAGGUUGAAAAACUUAUUUUAAUAGACGCCAUUUCUCCGACUCCGGUUGCUAGCGAAGCAAUUUUGAUUUUUUACCGAAAUCAAGGAGAAAAUAUAAUAAAAUCAGAAGAAAAUAAAGAACAUACCACUUUUUACAGUUACGAUGAAGCACUUGCACAAGUGGCGGAAAAACGAAUGUCAAAAUUAAAACCCGAAGCUGCAAAAUUUCUUCUUAAACGUUGCUUAAAAAAAAAUGGCGAAAAAUAUUCAUUUACGACGGAUUCGAGAAUUAAAUCUGAAAUAAAACCUGCCAUGACGGCAGAAAUUAUCAUCGAUCAAAUAAAACAAAUAAAAUGUCCGGUCCUUUUGAUUUUGGCAAAUAACAGCGAACAAUUUUCACUUUUAAAUUCUUCCGGAUUUUUUUCUUCUGCUCUUGAAAUUUUAAAACGAAAUAAUUCGAGUUCUCGUGUGAUUCGAAUCGUCGGAAAUCAUUGCGUGCAUAAUAAUCAACCGGAAAUAAUUGCUCCAAUAAUAUGCAAUUUUCUUUCAGAGAUUAAAAGCAAAUAUUAA